AUAAAGUAGGGUACGCGGGUGUUCGUCCUUUUCUAUUGUCGGCGGUGGCGGGUGUUGGAGUUGGAGAGGGGUUGGAAUGGCGCCGAAGAAGUCAUCUGUACACCUCAAGGCCAAGAAGAAGCCUGUUUGGAGAUUCACCCUCAACCUCUCUAACCCAGUAGAAGAUGGCAUCCUUGACUGCAGCAACUUUGAGCAGUUUCUGCGGGAGAAGGUGAAGGUUGGUGGGAAGACUGGAAACCUAGGCAACGUUGUCCAGAUUGAGAGCCUGAAAAACAAGAUUACUGUCACGUCGGCCAAAAGGUUUUCCAAAAGAUAUCUGAAGUACCUGACCAAAAAGUACUUGAAGAAGAACAACCUGCGAGACUGGCUGCGGGUUAUCGCUUCUGAUAAAGACAGCUACGAGCUCCGCUACUUCCAAAUCAGCCAAGAUGAAGAGGAGUCAGAAACGGAGGAUUGAACAGAAACCUGAGUUUGGAGACCAAGGACUCUUGUACAAAAAAAAGUUUUCAGAGUGCAUCUAUAUAAAAUGUUAUUAACUUAUUAAUAAAUCAUACUUUCACAGAA